AUGAGCUUUAGAAGAUCGUCUCAUGUGGUCAACAAUAGCCUUGGCGAGAGCAAUGGCGAGGAGCUUAUUCGCCAAUACCAGAUUGGAAGCAAACAAGAGUACGGAGACAACAAGGUUGGAGCCGAUUAUUAUUAUGAGACAUCGGGCUGGAUGGCUUUUGAAGGAAACGCAAACUACGACAACAACGAUGACGACAAUGACGGCAGCACGACCGAUGAGAAUCUCAUGGAUGGACCCAAUCAAGCCGGCAAUGAUAUAGAGGCUAGCGUCAAAUUCAAUAGGGAAGUAGCGUUUACAGGUAUCACCGUCAAUAUGAACGCCGCGAAGAUACCAGACGGCAGCCACCAGGUUGACAAGAUUGGAUCAUCAGUCCUGAAUGAGUCUGUUAGAGAAACGGUACGCCAUAUCCAUGAAAUCCUGGAGCGCCGGCCGAUAGUGACAGUCAGGGUCAUCAAAGGCCAACUCCAGCUUCGUCUUCAGAGCGACCUUCAAGAAGCUCUGCCGUUUUGCGGUUACAUGUUCACCAAUGGUCCAUGGAAGAAGGCAUUGAUCAAGUUCGGCGUUGACCCAAGGAUCCGACCUGAUUUCCGCUUUUACCAAACAGUAUCCUUCCGCAUGGAGUUCGAUCCUGUUGUGGAGCCCGGCAAGCAUGACUGGAUUAAGAAAGGCGUGCUCGCUUUCCCACAGCUACUCGAGGGAAACGACAAUGUUUCCUACAUUUUCAACGGCAAGAAAAUUGUGGCCGACGGUGAUACUUGGCAGAUCUGUGACAUAACCGAUUUGCUUCUUCAAAGCAUACUAUCAACCGAACAACUUCGCACAAAAAUUUCAUCGCAAGACGGGUUCUUCUGCAAUGGAACAAUGGCUAAGUUGGAAACAAUCAUGCAGGAUAAGAUUGUGUGUAUCAGAGAUGGCACCGACUGUGACGAUAAUGAAUAUAACUGUCUUUUGGCUUUCCCCGAUAAGUAUGAACCUUUAUGUGGGCGGGAUUAUAUCAGUUACGGGUUGGAUUUUGGGCAGAGAUAUACAAGAAAACAAGCUUUCCUAAGAGGCAGACUAAUUAACAGAGCGAGAAAAUCUCAUCAAUAG